GUAUCAUAUCAGUCUAUAUAUACCUCUUUUAAUACAUCACUUAACUUCAUAGACAGAGAUAGAGAAACCAAAGCAAUGGCCGUCAUGUCUGCUCAACUUAUAUUUUGCCUUACCUUGGCCUUCCUCGUCUCAGGAGCCCACUUAGCAACAGUUUCCAUCAAAAACAAUUGUCCAUACACCAUUUGGCCCGCAACUCUAGCAAACUCUAACCGUCCUCAAUUAUCAGAAACCGGGUUUGAGUUAGCCUCCGGAGGAACAAAGACCCUCGACAUUCCAGCUCAAUGGGCAGGCCGUUUCUGGGCUCGAACCGGAUGUUCUGGCAGCUUCACUUGUGCCACUGCAGACUGCGGCUCAGGCCAAGUCCAAUGCAAUGGUAAAAGUGGAGCCACACCUGCUUCCCUAGUCGAGAUAACGUUCCAAGCAGACGAUGGACAAGAUUACUACAAUCUUAGUCUCGUUGAUGGCUUUAACCUUCCUGUUUCAGUUGCCCCACAAGGUGGGUCUGGUACUAGAUGUACACAAGCCACUUGCUCAAACAAUGUGAACGCAGCUUGCCCAGAAAAUCUGCGACUCACAGGAUCCGAUGGGAAUGUGAUUGGUUGCAAGAAUACAUUGGAUAAUGCUACGUUUUUCAAGAGUCAGUGCCCUGAAGCUUAUAGUUAUCCUCAAGAUGAUCAGGUUGUGCGUGCAUGCACUGCUGGGGCUAACUACGCUAUUACUUUUUGCCCAUGAGGAUGAGGGAGACUCUCAGACUCUUUGAUAUAUACUAUAUAUAAAUAAAAAUCAGUCCAAAUCAUGAAGCUUAUGGACGUGCCAGUUAUUUUCUGUCAAGAAUUUGAUAAAUGUAAUAACAAAUGAACAAAUAUAGAUUUCAUUGCUAAACUAUAUUUUGUUUUAUUUGAUUGAAAAAAUCA